AUGAGCGAUUAUACAUAUCCACUUGUUGCUUUACUUUUUGGAAAUGCCCGUGUUGGACGUCGUGCAAUUCGUGAACGUUAUGCUUUACAUCAAUUUAAUGUUAAAGUUGAUUAUUGUAUUGAACCUUGGUAUGGUCAACAUUUAACUAUUGAAGGCGGAACCAUUGCUGUCCAACUUGAAUUGUAUACUGAUUAUCCUAUCGCAGAAGCAUUUAUGAAAAAUAUUUGGAUUCCAAACUCUGGUAUAUAUAUCAUUGUCUAUUCAAUUGACAAUUUAGAAUCGUUUAAAGCUCUUUCUAAACACAGAGAAAAAAUGUACGAAAUUCUCAACAAAAGAGUUGGAGACGAAAUCAUCUAUGCCAUUUGUGGGACUAAAAGUGAUUUAGAAAACAACCGUGAAGUGUCUACAGAAGAGGGAGAACGUCUUGCAGAAAAAUGGGGUUGUAUGUUUUUCGAGAUUUCGUCGAAAUUGGGAGUAAAUAUUGAUGAAAUGGUGUUUACCCUUGUUUCCCAAUUUAAGAAAAAAGGGUUGAAAACUCAAAAACAAAUGGAUACAAAUUAA